AAUUAAAUUUCUUUUUCUUAGAUUUUAAUAACUUCUUAGAAUAUAUGAUUAAAUAAGAUAACUUUUAGAACGAUAAAAAUAUCUACACAAUUUGUUUAACAUUUAAAAAUGUUGACGAAAACUUAUUUAAAGAUUUUCAUUCAAUAGCUAGCAAAAUUUAAGAAGAUAAGAUAUUUUAAGGAAAGAAACAUUAUGAAAAAGUCAUGAUAAUCAGCUUAAUAGAUGAAUUCAAUGAUCUUUAGGAUAAAUACUAAAUAGGACAACAUACUUAAGGAAGUAUAAAUAAAUAACUAGAUAAUCUAAUGUAAGCAAAUAAUCACAAUGUUUAGUUCGGAUAAAUGAAAAAGAAGAUUACUAAGAUAUAAGUUUUUUAAAAGAAAAGUGAUAAUAAUCCUGAUAAAAUUAAUAUCCAUAUGCUUCUGUAAUAUAGUUAGAAAAAAUGUGACCAAAAUUUAAUAUAAAAAAUAAAAAGAAUGCUAAAGGCAGAUUCUUAUGAGGAAAGAUAGUAUAUCAGAAGUUCUAUCUAUAAGAAUUUUUACAGACCACACACAGACAUAUUUUAGUAUCCUACUUAAAACAAAAUUGUCUUAAAUAACUUUUCAUACGGUAUGUAAAAGAAUCCUUCAAGUGAGUUCAUAAAAAUUUGGGAUUUAAAAGAAUUAAAAGAUUUGUAUGAAGAAGAAAAAGAAGGAUGCUAAGGAGUUUGUUUUGUUGAAUUUAUACACAAAAAAAACUUUAAAGAUGAAAAUUAAUUCUUUAUUUUCUUUACAUUAAAAGUGUUGGAUUAUUACAUUCCAUUCAAACUUUAAGUGCAAGUGGAGAGCAUUUAUACUAGAAAUCUAUUCUCAAAUAAUAAAGAUGACUUUACUCUCUUUUUAAAGAUAGCAGGUUUUCCUAAAAUAAGCAAAAGCUUAGAAGUUAACAAUAAAUUUUACUAUCAUUAUGAUUUUUUGAACUGGGAGAGAUAUAAUAAUUUUUUAUUGGGUAAAAUAUAAGAAUAGAGUAAUUUAAUAAAAAUGUAAAUACUUCAGCAUCAUGUCAUUUAAAUAAAUGCAAGCAGAGAGUAUAUUUUAGAAAACAAAGAAGCCUUUGCUAAUAUAAUUUCAUACUUUAAAGAAUAAAAUAAAGUUUAAUUUCAUGAACAAUUAUCACCAAAAUCUUAGCCUCAAGAUUUGCUAUACUAAAACUAUUUUACCAAAGUUAUAGAAUUUCUAGAAGAUCUCAAAAAUAAAAAAUGCAAACAGUAUGUAUCUAUGUUUAAAAAAUCUUUAGCUAAGCUAGUUAUGUCUAAAAUACUGGAUCUCCGUAUGCUCAAUGAUUAUAAUAUACAAUAAAUUAUUAACAAAAAUUUUCAAAAAGUCACACUUUUGUUUAGACUAAUGCACUUGAAUCCUUCCAUUUAUUAAAUUUAAAAUCGUGAUUUCAAAGCCUUUUUAGAUGAAAAACUAAAAUAAUUUAGCGAUUUAAAAGAUCUUAAAAACGAAAUCAAUAAAUCUUUAUGGAUUCCUGAAAAUUUUUGUUUAGUAAACAAAAUAAUUAUUACUCCUUCAGUUGUUAUCUAUGGAAACGAAGAACUUGUUCCUUUAUCAUCAAGUUUUUAAAUUAAGAAGUUUUAUGAAAAGAAUUCUAUAAUUUAUUUGCUGGAUGAAGAUUUGAACUUAUUUGACUUCGAAGAGACAAGUGAUAAAUUUUUUAAAAGUACUUUUGAACAGUACAUUAAGGAUGAUUCUUUUCGAAUAGAAGAUUUUGCUGGAUAUAAGAUCGAUGCGAUAACAAGUAGGUGUAUGAAAAGAAAUUGCUUUUUUGCAACUUAAUCUGAGAAUCAUGAUGACCUGGAAAAAACCUUUCUUGAUUAUAUCUAAAAUAGUAAUGUCAAUUGUACUCAACCAAUUUACACUUUUGAAAUAGAUAACAUUGAAAUUCAAGGUCAACAUUAAGAAAUUGGGUAUCUUAACUUUAAAUUACUAGACAAAAUUCUUACAGGUGCUGAUUUUGAUUAUAAAAAUAUGAAAUUCUCAUCUAUUUUUGUAAACUAUAAGCUCAAUAAUGGUGUGAAUAAAUUGUGCACACUCUUUUAUCAUGAGAUAAUGUAAAAUGAAGGCUAUCAAAUAAAAUUUACAUUUAAUCAAGAAGAAAAAAAUCAAAUAUAUGAAAAAGCUACAUUAUAAAUAUUUAGUAUAAAUAAAUGCAAAAAUAAAGGUUUUAUCAACAAGACAAAUUUAGGUGAUUUUCUUCAAAGUAAAGAUUUAAUACUCUAAAAACUUAAUGAGCCAAUCUAAUAAGAUAAAUUUGAAGGUCUUGAGCUUUCAUUAUAACUAAAUGAGGUUAAAAUAUUGCAAAAAAUAAAUCAACUAGAAUCUUAUCUUUGUUAAAAUAUAUACCCAAUCUAAGACAGUUUUAUUAUUACAGGUAGAAAAGCAAUAAAAAUAAAGGACAUAUUUGAGACCAUAUAUGAUUAAACUAAAAAAGAACUUACUAAAAACUUCACAAUAGAAUAAAUUUAGUUAAAGCUUCCUCAACAUUAAAAAUUAGAAGUAAAGAGGGUUUUAGUAGCAAAAAAAAGAGGAACUUUUGUUGGCAAAUUUUAUGUAUUUGAUGUGUUACAAGGUGAAUAUAAUUAUUAAAGUAACGAAAUUAAAAUAGAUUAAAGUAUCAUUUUAUUCCAUACAGAUUUUUAAGAAUAUUAUUUUUGGCCUGAAUUAUAUUCUUAAAGAGAAGAUGUUUUUGAAAAUAAUUAAAGAGAAUAUAUUGUAAUUAUUAAUCCUAAUCUUAUAACAAACGAAAUAAACGAAAUGGAGGAGUUUACAAAAUCAAAAAUAAAGGAAAUUUAAAAUAGAAGUAACGAUAAAAAUUUUUAGGGGAAUAUUAAUUGGUUAAAUCAAAGUAUGAGUGAAAAUGAAGGCAGUAAGCAAAGUAAAAGUAAAGGAAAGAUUGAAACUAGAGGAUAAUAAUUUCUAAAUGGAAUAAUAAAAAAUAAUAUUAAAUCUUAAGCUAUGCUUCUUUUUUAUGGUGAAUAAAUACAAUAACAACAGCAAUAAAUAAAUAAUUAAAGCAAUUAGUAAGACUAAUAUUAAUAUAAUAAAGAAAGUUAUUUACAUGAAUUGUUUGACGAAUUAAAUUUAAAUGAACCUCCAUUUAAUUUAGAUAAAUUUAAGAAAGAAAAGAAAUACUAUGAUUUCUACUUUCUCUUAAAAUCUUAGCUUAAUCACAUCGUCUAUUCCUUAAAUUUAUAAUAUAAAAUCAAAAACAAGUAAUCAAAAUAAUAAAAUGAGAACCUAGAAAAGAAUAACUAAACAUUAAAUUUAAUUUAUGAACUCUAUGAAGAAAUUCAAAAAUAGCUUUCUGAUUUAAAAAAUUAAAUAAAAACAACACAAAACAGCUUUUUCUAAUUGCACUAGUUUAGAAAUAUUUUUGUAGAAAAAGAACUAUCUCUCCCUUAAGAACUCAUAGAGAAAUGUAUUAAAAAUAUGAUGAUUUUCUAUAAAAAUUUAAACUAAUUAUCAAUAAACUACAUUCUAUAAAGGACUGAUGUCAAUCAAAGGAAUGAUCUAUUUAAUAACGACCAUAAAAUGUAAAAUUCUUAGGCUAUUUCUAGCGGUUAUUACCUUAGUCUUCAUGAAUUAAUAAAAUUGUAUAAAAAUAAUUUGAUAAAAGAUAUUUCCUAAGAUUUUGUGGAUUACUUUAAUAAUUAUUUUAAAGAAGAGUUAUAAUAAGAAAAAUGCAUGUAUUUAUAUAAUGAAGCUAUGAACCCUGUUAUUUAUGUAAAGAACAAAGUUAAAAUCUAAUAAUAGUAAUAAAAAAAAAUGAAAGAUAAAGCUAUCUAUUUACUCAAUGAGGCUAUGUACUUAGUUAAUUUUUACUUCAUUACCAAAAAUAAGAAACUGGAUCAACAUGAUUUAAGUUAAUUUGAAAGUGACUUAAAAGAUUUAUAUGAGUUAUCUAAGGAUUCUUUAAAAAAUCAAAAUUUCUACUAUUGUGUUCUUCCUAAAAUAAUUGAGUUGAUAGGCUACAAUCCAAGAUUUUCAUAAUAUUUCGUAAUGAAAAAUAUAAAAAAUCAAAUAUAAAAAGAUAUAAAAUAAGAAGAAGAAGACGAAGAAGAAUUAGAAUAAGAAGAGUAAGAUGACAAAAAAUACAAAGAAGAAUAACAAAAAGAAUACUUUCCUAUAAAUAUAAAUGAUAUAAGUGCCAUUAAUUCCCUCAACUAAAGUGAUGCAAAUAUUUCUCUAAUGAGUAUCUUAGAUUUAUCUAUAAUACAAAACCAAAAAUGAUUGUGAAUAAAUUUAUAAUAAAUAAUACAUCAAACAAACUUAACAGAUUUAAAAAAAUUGUUGAUCAUUUUAUUUUAUUAAUAUUUUUUUCAUUCAAAAACUAUUUUUCCAAAAAAUAAAUUAAUUUUUAUGCUAUUCAUUCAUUAUUAAUUUUUUAAAAAUAAAACUUAAUUAGGAAUUUCAUAAAAUUUGUAAUUUAAUACUUAUAAAAAUAUAUCAAAUGAUCAAUUUUGAGUAAAUAUUUUAUUUUAUUUCUUUGUUUUUUUCUAUUCAAAUAAAGAAUUAAGAAUGAAUACUCAAAUAUAAAAACAUAAAUAAGCUUUUAAAAGACCAUUUAUACUUUUUUUAAUUUGACCCUACUCACUUAUUAACAUAGAAUAAAAUUAAUUAAUUAUUUAUUUAUUGCUCAGAAGCAUUCUGUUAUUGAGUAGCUUACUUUUCCAUUGUCAGGUAAAGAAGCAAAAACUUUAACAGUUAGGGUGCUUUCGCUAUAGUGAUCUGUUUUAAAUACUAUUUUAUAAUUAGUACCAGCAACAAUUUAAUAUGAGGCUUUAAUCACAUUUUGUAACUAAACUGAUGAAUUUAGAUUUUCUAGUUUACAAUCAGAUACAAAAUUUUCUUUAGAAAACUAAAUUGCUUAUUAAAACUAUUGUUAAGGGUUACUUAAAUCUACUUCAUGCCAUCCUCCAGGAAGACCAGCUUGGCUAAGAUUAAUGUAAAGAAAUAUAAAUAAUAAGAUAGAAUAUUUCAUCAUUUUGUAUUACUUUUUAUUUAUAAUAAAUCAAUAAUCAAUUUUAAAGUAAAAUUAAUAUUUAUAUUUUGAUUUGUUAUCAAACAAUAUAAAAAUCUUAUCCUUCUCUUUUACUCUAUUUAUAACUCAAAAAUCUUUUUGCUUUUCAAAAAUAAAAUAGAAAUAUUUAUUUUAUUCCUUGUUAUAAGUGCAUUAAUAAUGUAAAUUUUGAUUAUUAAUUUAUACAAUGUAACUUAAAAAUUAUUUUUUUAGUGUUUUAAAUUAAUUUUAAAAGGUAAAGAUUGUAAAAUUUAGAGAUUUACAAUAAUUAUCAUAUAUGUUGUUGCUACUUUAAUAAAAUAGAUAUUUUAAUUAUUCCAACAUAAGAUUAUCAAUAUUUUCUUUCUAUAGCUUGAAUUAUAUUUGAUAAUUAAAAAAACAAAUUAUUAAAAAAUUUAAAUUUUGCUUUUUGGGGAUUUACAUUUCUUUUUUUUUAUAUUUAUUCAUCUAUUUAUCUUUUAUUUUGAUUAUUUUAUGAUUUUUAUUUUUAAAUUUUAUUUCUUUCUUUUUGGCUAAUUUAAUUUUUAUAUUUAUUUUCAAAUAUUUCUUUUUUAAGUUUUUAUAAUAAUUUAAAAUUAAAUGGAUAUUUAAGCUACUAUAUUUUAGGUUUGUCUUAGAAAACGAGAUAUCAUAUUGCAAAAUUAUUUAUUUUUUAUUAUUAUUUUUGUCAUCUUUACUAAAAUUUUUUGGAAAAAAAUAUCAUUUGGAGAGAAUUAAUAAUUUGUUUUGAUUUUUCCAUCGUCAUUCUUAGAAUGGAGUAUGAUAAUUAAUGAAAUUAAGAACUAUUCUUUAUCUCUUUAUAAGCGGAUGAAAAACUUUCGGUAUUUGGAUGUGUGAUUGCAGCUCUAUAUUUAUUUUAUAGAUGGAGAUUGAAAAACUUUGAGAUAUUUGUUCAUAAUUUCAUUUUUAUCAUUAAUUAUUUGAGGGGAUUUUGAUUUUUCCUCUUUUUUUUUAAUUUCUUAAUUUUUUUGAAUUU